AUGGCUGCCAGCGGAUCCAAUGCCACACCGGGCAAGUUGCUCAUCCAGGACCUUGAGAACAUCCAGAGCUUCUUGGGGACGCAGAAGCGCGCUGUGAAACAAGAGCAGUUCACAAAGAUGCUUGACAACCAGGUGAAAGCUUGGGUCACAAGAAUCAACGAGAUGAACAUCAAACCGGAGGAAGCUGCGCGUGUGGGAGAGUUGCUGGGUGAGGGGCCAUGGCUUGACCAGCACCACGAAGUCCUGUCGGAGGCUUUGGCGUCCAAAAUGGAUGGGGCCGCAGCUGGAAACCAAGCCAGGGCAAGACGACCUCUUCAGACGUUGACAUGCUUUGCUGCCUACUUGACAGAAAGCGAUUGCCAGAUUUUGUCGGAUCCAGAUAUUCACAACGUCAACAAGGUCCAGAGGUUGGUUGCCAAGUGUGUGAAGUUGGGCCUUCACUUGCCCAGAGAGACCACCACCAAGCAGAUCAUCAAGACCGCGAUCGACUGCGGCAUGAAAGUGGGAGAAGGAGCAGACACCUUGAGGAUUGUGAACGAGUUCAAGCAGCAGUUGAAGAGCAAAAUCAAGCACAUGGAGAAGAAGUCUUUGCUAGUGAUGUUUCCUGACAACCCUGGGAAGCUGCCAAAAGAUAUAUAUGACGCAGUGUUUGAAGAGGAGCUGCCGUCGCCGCCCCAGAACAGUGCUGGUGCAGAGUCUUCGAAAGUGGUUGCAAGAAAAUCGCACAGUUUGGUGAAGAAGGUGAGUCUGAAUGACAACCCCAUGAGCAGCAUGAUGCAGCAGAUGGAUCACAUGAUGAAGUCUAACAUGGGCGGAGUGAACCCUAUGAUGCUGAUGAUGGCCGGCAUUCAGCAGUUUAUGGGUGCAGACAAAGGUGAUGCGCAUGGCGCGGCCAAUUUGCAAAUCUUUGGUAACAAGAGGAAGACAAAGGCAUUGCCAAAUGCCGCAGAAGCCGAUCGAACAUCGCCAGAGCAGAAAGCUUUGCUGGAGG